AACACAAUCUCUUCCUUUCUCUGCAAAGCCAUGUCGUCCUUCACCUCCUUGGUAGCUACCGGUCAUCUUUUCCUGAUUUUUCUCGCAUGGUUUUGUCUUCAAGUUUCUAUUUCUUCAAGUAAUGAUGAACCUCGAUUGAUUAAUCCCUGUAAAGAGCAAUGUGGGACAAUUCCAAUUCCUUAUCCCUUCUAUUUAAGCAAUAGUUCUUGUGGAUUUGAUGGUUUCAAGCUCAACUGCUCAAAUUCCACCUUGUCUCUGACCCUGAACUCCAAGGAAUAUGUUGUUCUUAACAUUUCGUCAGACGGUUUGCUGAUAGACUUCUUCCCAGCUCGUUCUUGUCAUGCCCAACUAGAUGACUUCGAUUUCAAAGGCGAUCAGUUGUAUGGAAUUUCUGUCGACAAUGUACUACAAUUUUCAGAGUGUCGGAACACAUCUAUUUGUCGCGAGAUCUGUUCCAUGCAGUUAUGUGAAGGAAAGAGUGAGUGCUGCUAUCUUCUUUCGUCCUAUGCCGUGUGGCAACCUGGUGAUGGCUUCUCUGUGUUUUCUGCAUUCGGGUGCGAAGGAUUUUCUUGUUGGCAUUCUGAUCCUCAGACGGAACGUGGAAUUAAACUUGAAUGGGGCAUAACGAAGUUGAAUUCCAGUGGAUUAUGUCACCAUAGAGCCACCGUGGUUCAUGCAAGGACUGUUGAUGGAAUGAGGUGCAGGUGUAAGACUGGGUUCACCGGUGAUGGAUUUGCCUAUGGGAUUGGCUGCGUGAAAUCAUGCAGCCGGCACGGUAGAAUGGCCUAUGGAAGUGCGUGCCACCUUCGCAACAACACUUCCAUAAUUAUAGCUGGAGUAUUGGCUUCAACGUCUCUUUUGGCUGUUUUAGCUAUGUUACAUGGAUUACUUGGCAGAUCUAUCCAGAAGAGGCGGGAUUGUGAUCCUUGCAGCAUCUUGAAAACCCCUGAUUUCCAGAAGAAUUGCAGUAUCAGGAUAUUUUCUUAUGUGGAACUUGAACGGGCUACAAAUGGAUUUGCAGAAAAAGACAGACUUGGAAAUUUUUCCAACGCGAUGAUAUAUGCUGGAGCGAUCGAUGGUGGGAUUCCAGUAGCUGUUGAGAAAAUUCAGUAUACAGGCCAAAAAGAGCUCUCUUUGUUGCUCAACAAGAUAAAUAUUUUAUCCGAUCUUUCUCAUGUCAACUUCGCCAGGCUUAUAGGAUGUUCUACCGACUUAAGUAAGACCAUGUUUUUGGUGUACGAGUUGUUCAUAAAUGGCACUCUAGAGGAGCAUUUGCAGAGUAAGGAAAGCCUAGCAUUAUGUUGGCACGACAGAAUCAAUAUUGCUGCAGGCAUAGUGAAGGCUCUCUCCUACUUGCAGUAUGAGAUUUCUCCACCAACCUACCACCAUAACAUCAGCUCUGCUAAUAUUUUCCUUGACAAAGAUCGUACUCCUAGAAUUGCUUUGUUUUGCUCUGUUUUUAGUCCGAUCAUUGAAAAAGAUGAAGAGGAGAUCUGCAAUUUAGGCUUGAUACUGCUCGAGAUAAUCACUGGAUCAAAGUCAGCAACUGAUCCUGUGGUUCUCUCUAAAAAGAUUGACGAAGGAAAGCUGGACGAAGUUAUUGAUCCAUUCCUGCUCUCUCAUCACGAAGGGUUACAUCUAGACGAAGUACAGAGGGUAGCAGAACUUGGCUUGAGAUGUGUGUCUGUCAGCAAUAAAACGAAGCCCAGCAUUCUGGAGAUUGAAGAGGAGCUUGAAAGUGUGAGAUGUUGCAGAAAAGAAAGCCACACACGCACUUCACUAGAAGAGACAUUCUCAAACUCUAGCCUGCUGCAAAUGAUCUCAAUAUCGCCAGACUCUUCUCUGGUAGGCUCCUUAAUCUUAGAGAAUGGCAUUUCCAUCAGUUCUUCACUGGGUCCUGAAUUGGCUUGAUAAACGUCCAUCUGAAAUUCAUACAUACCUCUGAAUAAUUGUUUUUGUUGAGAUUAACCCAAGUGAGUGGUUUGGGGGUUAUGUAGAUCCUUAAGACAUUCAUUGCAUAAUAACCCGAUGC